AUGGCCCGGGACAGACUAGCUGCGAUGAGAGCAAACCAGAACAACAACUACGCUUCAGAACCCACACCACCUUCGAUGGCCGUGCAUAACUCAAACCGCAAACCAUCACCACACGACAGUCAUGAUGAUCUACCGCCCAAGGAGUCAAAUAUGGACAGCUACGAGAUGAAAGAGAAGUAUCUGGAUAUGUCCUCAUUCAUGGAUGAAGUCUCCUCACUCAACGAUGGGAUUCGCACGGUGAAUGAAAAUGUAGAUAGAGUCAAAGAGUAUCACACUCGUUUAUUAUCCGAAUUAGAUGACGCACAGCAUCAGUCGAUUUCCAAUCAAUUAGCCGCCCUUACCUCCGAAACCUCUCGUCUGACUCGUAACUUGAAGAACCGAAUCCGCUCCCUCCAAUCUUCCAUCUCCAACAAUCAAGGCAUCAAUAACGGGGACGCCAAUGUACGCGCUACUCAGGUUGGAGCACUCAAGAAGCGUUUCAUGGACUCUAUCAUGAGAUAUCAAUCGGUCGAACAAGAAAGUCGUCAGAAGUAUAAAGCCAGGAUGGAGCGUCAAUAUCGAAUUGUCAAACCCGAUGCCACCCCAGAAGAGAUUCGACAAGCCGUUGAUAGCGAUGAUGGUGGCCAAAUCUUCUCACAAGCCUUGAUGACCUCGAAUCGAUACGGGGACGCGAGAGCCGCGUUCAAUGAAGUCAAAGAACGACACGAAGAUGUCAAGCGGAUUGAAAAGACGAUCACCGAGCUGAUGGAAAUGUUCAACGACUUGGCGACGAUGGUCGAGGAGCAAGACCAACUGAUCCAGAAUGUCGAGAACAAUGCUGGCGAGAUCCAGCGCGAUGUCGAACAAGCUGGUCAACAUAUUACCAAGGCUCGCGAUUCGGCUGCUUCCGCUCGCCGCAAACGAUGGAUCUGUUUCUUCGUGAUUAUCUUGAUUUUGGCUAUCGUUGCUGCCAUUAUUGCCAUCGUCAUCGUCACCCAGCGUAAAAACAACACGACGACGACCACAAACCAGGCUGCAUAA